CCGUCAUGACAAAUGACAACAAAUAACAACACAAAAUUCAAUAUAACCUCAAAAGCGAAAAUUGACAGAAAAAGUCCAAAACAAGGACCGCUCUUAUUCAGAAUUAAUUAAACUCUGCAAAUAUGUUACCCCUAUCAUUGCUACGUACAGCGCAGAACCAUCCGAUGCUGGUCGAAUUGAAAAAUGGCGAAACCUACAACGGACAUUUAGUCAGUUGUGAUAAUUGGAUGAAUAUUAAUUUGAGAGAAGUUAUUUGCACAUCAAGAGACGGUGAUAAGUUCUGGAGGAUGCCAGAAUGCUACAUUCGCGGGAGCACAAUCAAGUACCUCCGUAUACCAGAUGAGGUCAUUGACAUGGUCAAAGAAGAGACCCAAGUGAAAGCAAGGAGUCGUAAUGAAGUGUCCAAAGGCCGUGGGGGGCAAAACCUGAGAACAGGAAGAGGGGGCAGUCGUGGGGCAUUCGGAAACCGGGGCAGGCCUGCCCCAUUGCGCGGCGGGGGCACGGGACGG